AUGGCGAACGAGCCAGACAGCAACGGAAAAGUUCCUGAACCAGUAGAAUGCAAAUUUACCGUGCACACGUUCUCUGAUACGCUUCUUGAUCAAAAGGUUCAUUUUCAAAUUCUUAAAAUGACAGACAGUUUGUAUGUUUGGAUUGGAACAUCUCCGGAAAUGGGUGCCCUUGCUGUAGCCAUGUGCACUAAAUACGAUCCAGUGCCAUCUGUUGUCAACCUUAUGGGAAAUAAAGCUGAUCUAAGCUCAACUACCUUGGCACAAAGGCUUGCUAAGAAGACCAACAAACAGUGCUUUGUGAGUUAUAACAUACCAACAGAAAACAUGCUGCUAGGCUUAGUGGAACAAAGAAUUAACCAGGAAAUGAAAGAAAAACCACAGCUUUUCUAAACAGUGUUCAAAGUCUCUGGUUGCCCGGAAAGACAUGUUCUUUUCUGCAAUAAGGAGGGUAAUGACAAAUCAGAAGUAGAGUCAAGACAUUUUAUCCUGAAAUGUGAUAACAGAAAGAUGAUUUCUACAUCUCUUGCUUUGUACCACAAUUUACACCAUGGUCACCAGCCAUUACAUUUGAAACCACAUUUUUGAGAAGUACUUUGAUAUCAGACUUGAGAGAAUUGGCCGAUGAAGUUUAAUAACAUGGUGGUUGUUGGAAUACGGAAGACUUUGCAAGACUGUGAAGGGUACAGUUUAAAAAGCAGUUACUGCUGGAAACAGAUCUUGCUGUUGUUUUGAAUUGAAGUUUACUGGUAACUCUAUUAAAGUUUGGUGAUCUUUUGAGGAGGGAAAGGUUUCUCAUCCAACAGUGAAGCAAGAGAUCAGGGCUGAACACUAACUUUUCAACUUACUGGCCAUGUGGCUACUGACAUCUUAGAUGUUGCAACAAUUUCAUUUUGUUUACUAGCCAAACUGGCUGGUGGAAAUUGAAAACCACAAGCCAAAACUGAACUUGUACUAGUCUGGCUAGUUGGGUACUGUUAAUGUCAAGCCCUGGAGAUGCCUAGUAUGUGAAGUGUGCAAGGGUUUUGCAAGAACAGGAGAAUCAUUUCAUUAUGUAAUAAAUACAACAAUUUACAGGAGAAUGAGAA